GCAAAUCAUUCGUGAUUUCUAUACAAUACAUUUGAUUCCGAUUUUUUCUCCCUUUUAUUUCGAAAACAAAAAAAUACAACAUUUUUCAUCAACGGUGAUUGAUGAUUUUGAAAAUGAUGAAAAAUCAAUUUUUUUUCGUGUGCUUAGCAAUUUUGUGUCUCUUUGGAACGGUGCACAGUUUUGAAUGGCCUGCAAACAUUCCGAAAUGUAAACCGGGAGAUGAGACAUGCAUCCCACAAACUCUCACGCAAUUAUUUCGACAUGCGGAUGAAAUUCCCGAACUAAAAAUUCCAGACAUGGACCCUUUCGUUUUUAAUCAACCAACAACGCUUCGUACACGCAAUCCAAACGCCCCGAUCAAUAUCGUUAUUCGAAAUACAAACACCACAAUUUACGGACUCAAUGCAAUGGAAAUAACGCAAAUCAAGGGCUUCGAAAAAGAUCCAAGGAAAACCAAAUUUGAACUAAAAUCAUUCGUACCGUUUUUGGUGACCGUAUCCAACUACAAAUCAACAAUGAAUCUGUUUGCUUUACCAAUAACAACGGAAGGGAUAUCCAACACCACUAUAUCAAAUCUUGAAAUUCGCCAAUUCGUCGAUUUUGAUGUCAUUCAAAAGAAUGGAAAAGACUAUAUAAAGGUAAAGAAUAUUCGUGUUCAUUUAAAACUAAGCAAAUUUUCAGUGCAAUUCAAAAGUAAAACUGGAAAUCCCACCGUGAACGACACAAUAAAUAAAGUGGUUAAUGAAAAUUGGCGUGAAAUCUAUUCUGAACUCAAGCCGGACUUGGAAAAGAAUAUCGGUGAAGUAGUCAAGGCAAUGGUAACACCAAUAUUCUCUGAUAUUCCUUAUCAAGAAUUUUUCCAACAAUGAAAAAUAGGCAUUAUUACGAAAAAUUAGUAAGAUCCGCUGUAAUUAUUGAUUUUUUGCUGUUUUCAAUAAAAAGAUCGUGUUUAACAUA